AUGGAUAGUAUUAUGGAUAGUAUUAUCGCAACAAGCAAUACAAACAAUACAGGUAGCAAUGAUAAUAAUAUUGACUAUUACAACAAUUUCAUCGUCUUCAACGUUGAUCACUUAAACCGUGCCUUUACAAUAACGAUUGUAUUCAUUUGGUCACUUUAUUUUGUUAUUUCCCGACCUGUACCACCUCAACCACCACCUCCUGUAAUCAAAUGUAAUAUGAUAAGCUCGCGCGGUAUUGGAAUAAUUUUAUUACUAAUUUCGAUGGCUUUGGAAAUGAUCUCCGACCUGAUAGCAUUUGCGAAUAGUAACGAUCUUACUAGUUCUUCUUCACAAGACAUAUUAUCUGGUGCACCAUUAAUUAUUACAUUGAUUCUGUGGAAUACUGCAUUGGCACUUAAAUCUGUAGCAUUAUUUAUCUCGCUUACACGUUAUGCGCCACUCACUAGAUCUCUUUCGAAAGAACCAAUAAUGCCAAAAUUUCAAUAUUCAUGUUGUAAUUGCUUAAAUUUCUUUAGUGGAUUAAUAGUAUAUCCAGUACUUUUUGCAGUUAUUCUUCUCUCCAGGGCAAGAUGGGAAGAAGCCUUGACUAUGUCACAACUUUUCUUUCUUCUCCAGCUCAUAAUUGCAGAAAUUAUGUUUCUCAUAAUAAAUAAACGUAUGACCAUAGCAUUGGAAGAAGGAAUGCUGAUGGGAAGAAAUGCAAUUCAACAAAUUCGAAAACUCAGAUCAAGGAAUUGGUUUAUUAUAAUUUUUGCAUUUGUACAAAUUUGUUCAUUAUCAGUCUAUAACAUUGAUCUCUUGACUGGAAAUGUAAUUCGAACAAAUUUUGCCGCUACAGUAAUUAUUCUUGGAAUAAUGGACAUAGGUUCAGCACUUUUGUAUGGUGCCAUAGCACUCCUUUUAUGCCCAGUAUAUCCACAGUCUGGUGAAGGAAUGCCAAUAAAUUCUGUAAUGACACAUCACAUAGCAGGUUACACCCAUGGUUUAAAUAACUUUGCUAAUCAUCGGUCAUCACAGAUAUCUUUUGAUCAAAAUCAAAUAAACAGAGACAAUCUUGAAGACCAAUCUUGUGCUUCUUCUAUCAAUGACAAAUCAAAAAGAAAUAGCGCCAUAAUUAUUAACAAAAUUGUUGUUCAUAAACAAGAAAUUUUGGAGAAUACUCAGGAAAUUCAACCACUUGAAGGUGUUGUCAUAAGUUCAGACAAGUCACAUAGAUUUUCCAAUACCAUUUUAUGA